GAAAACUGCUUUAAAGCCGCUUUAGGGUCCCAGCUGCGUGCUCGGAGGAAUCGUCUGCAUUCAAUGUUCUAAGGUGUGGCGCCCGAAGCAUCUACUAGGCUCUCACGCACAGCAAUGUCGGAUCAUCGAGUUUGGGGUUUGCAGGGUCAUAGAGUUUGGCAUCCGCGAGAAUAGUCUUGAAGGCUUCGAGCGCCCGUUCUUGGCUCGUGCUCAAGUGACCGAGAUGGCCUACAAACAUGCUGGCACCGUGAUCCAAAGAUUCCCCCAUUUCUCGGGGACGCAGCGGUUAUUAUGCGAGUCGGGGAUCUCUUCACCGGGCGAGAGGCACUGGGGCCGGAUGAUACUAAUAGAGCUGUGGACCAUCGACGCACGUGAAGAGGAACAAGUUGAUGACGUUAACUACCAUGACAAAUCUGAUAGCGUGAAGUUGGUAGUCUUCCACUCUCCGUCUCGUUGCGCAGACGCAAGACCACUGUCUCGGGCCUCUCGGCAGUCCGAGCCCAUCCACUCGUACCACUUCUAGUCCGAUAUUUGACUGUCGUUUAGGAUCGCAUCCAACUCAGACAUAUGAAACUGUUGGCAGACGACUCAGAGCACCGAUUGAGUUGCUCGUCCGCCGCCUCAUUAGAUCUGUUCGAUAUGCCAACCAUUGUUCUCUGCUGGCCAAGCCUGUGCACUCGGAGCAAGUGGGCUACUUGGAGGCCGUCUUCCAUCUGCUUUACGUCAAAGACCACAGCAAUAUAAAUGGGCAUAGGAAUCAGGCGGUGUUCCUGUUAUACAAACGACUUGUGCAGCCCGGCGAUCGGGCCAACCCACCUCACAGAUGAUGGACAUCGCCUUUCCCUGAACAAAAUCAAGUCCGAUGCGCAUUACUCAAAGAUGAAAGUGCUUCUGAGGACCUCGAAUCGACACAGUUGGGCAUUGCGAUCAAUACAGUUGGGGACUUCGAUCGACACAGGACCAGCCUCUUUCCAACCGGAAGCAUCUGUUAUUCCUAACCAACGCGUCGCAGGGCGCCGUUCUAUGCAAUCCAUCACGCCUCAAUCUUGAGGCUUCAAGAUCGCCUUGUAACCAAACGAUUUAUCCCAUCAAAACGCUCCGAAGCAGGCAUGCCUCCCGAGAUCCCAGCGAUUUGACUCGAGCGGAGGUCGAAAUUCAAAGAGUACCCUCUAUUUGAGAUGGCAUAGUCUGGUCACUCAGAGAGUAUUUAAGAGCUGCUCUCCAUCUCAUGAUUCGCAUCCCAUUCACUCAUGAACCCUUUCCAGCAAAGCUACCCUUGGUCGAUUCCGCACCCCAGCUCGCUCGUCGAGUACAUGUUUCUAUCGACCGAUGACAGCAAGCCCUUGAACUGGAUCAUCAGAGACCCCGGGGCGACGACUGUGCUCCGGAUCUUGAGCAACGACUCGUAUUCUGUCCUGCAGAAUGGAUCAUACGCGAUAGUUGGCACAAUCGACUGGCGCGGCAGAUUUCCCCGAGUGGAAUUACCCAACACGUUGCCCUCAGUCGAAGCCCGGCGCUGGUUGUCUCUGUCUCCGGAUUUGAGUCGAUCAAUGACUUUCCAAGGACGCAAGUAUCGCUGGGUGCCAGAGGGUGAACAUGUCAACGUGAUACCAUUUUCGCCCUUUGCUACUCAGUGCUGA